GUGUAAACGGAAAACAUCAGAAAGAGCACAUCGAAGGAGAAAGACGCUAAUAAGUCAGUCAUAUUAUUUGUUCUCCAGUUUGAAAUACUUACGUCGUAUAAAAUACAUCUUUGAUUCUUUAUUUAAGGAUAGAGUCGUCUCGAUGCGCUAGAAGCACUGUGCCGCUUCCCGUGCUAUCUUUGCUUGUUAGUUAGCUUAGCUCGCUAGUUAGCUUAGCUUGUUAGCUGCUAACAAAGAGACGCGCACGUUAUCAACACAUCUCUAAGUAGAGAUCAAGUGAUUGAUUGAUUUAUUGAUUCUUUUAUUAGUAGAUUACACAGUACAGUACAUAUUCCGUACAAUUGACCACUAAAAGGUAACACCCGAAUACGUUUUUCAACUUGUUUAAGUCGGGGUCCACAUUAAGUGUGAGUGUAAAGUGUUGUGAUUGUGUGAAAAUGUGCCAAAGAACCAUAGCAAAGUAUGAGGACGAAUUCACACAGUACUUUGUGGAAAGUAGCAUUUAAAAUACAAAUAAAUGAAAUUACAAUUUCAAAUAGAUAAAAGGCUAUGUAUAUUCCGAGUUAUAAGUAGCCACAACCUGUAAUGUAUUUUCUUUUUGAUAGGGACUUCCACAUAUUGGUGGUAUAGCAGGCAAACAAAUCAGAAUUUUUUUUCUGAGUGAAAUCUGUGUUGAAUGUGAUUUGUACAACUACCUCUGGUGUUAUAAUGGUGAAUAUAUUUUGACGUAUCUAGACAGGUACAUGGGUAUGUUAGUGGUAUGGUGUAUCUUGUACACCAGACCAACUGCAAGAAGAUGUACUCUGUCGGCCACCAAGAGCCUCCCAUGUUAAGGAAAUGGUUGGCGGAAAGGUGAGCCCGAGAUGGACAGUUAAGUAGAAGCCUAAUCAUUUGGUUUUGGGCUGUUUGGAGUUACUUUUUCAGGGCUUUUAAGGCGUCACGGUACCAAACAUGAACUCCGUAGUCAAAGUGAAGUUAAAUGAGUGCUUGUGUUAGAGUCUUAAAGGGGAACAUUAUCACCAGACCUAUGUAAGCGUCAAUAUAUACCUUGAUGUUGCAGGAAAAAGACCAUAUAUAUUUUUCAACCAAUUUCCAAACUCUAGAUGGGUAAAUUUUGGCGAAUUAAACACCUUUCUAUGUGACGUGUUAACGUGACGUCACAAAGGGAGUCAAUCCGCCAUUUUCUCAAACACAUUACAAACACCAAGUCAAAUCAGCUGUUAUUUUUCGUUUUUUCGACAGUUUUCCGUACCUUGGAGACAUAAUGCCUCGUCGGUGUGUUGUCGGAGGGUGUAACAACACCAACAGGGAGGGAUUCAAGUUGCACCACUGGCCCAAAGAUGCCAAAGUGGCAAGAAAUUGGACGAAAUUUGUUCAAAAUACGAGGGUGUGGGGAAAGCCGACGAAAUGGUCAGUGGUUUGUUCCGCACACUUUACCGACGACAGCUAUGCUACGACAGAGAUGGCAAGAAUGUUUGGAUAUCCACUGACACUCAAAGCAGAUGCAUUUCCAACUAUAAAGUCAAAUAAAUCUGCCGCCAGACCCCCAUUGAACGUGCCGAAGUGUGUGAGCUAUUCAGGGACAAAGGACCUCGAUAGCACGGCAAGCAAUGGCGGCAGUUUGUUCCCGCAGAUGAGCGAGCUAAACCCCCUGGAUGUCUUGGCUCACACCGCUUCUACCGAAGAUGAUCAAGUGAAGAAUAUGGGCCCUAGCUUCCCUGGCCUGCUGACAUCAACUCCAAAACUGGACAGAUCAGCUUUCAGGAAAAGAGAACGGAUGAGGGUGUUACAGGACAUUUUUUCGAACUCUUAUCAACAUUCCACUGAAGAGGAUGAUUAUCAAACUUUUUCAAGAGCGCAUAUUGGAGUUCAGAUAUACCCUGAUGUGAAGUCUAAAGAUGUCCAGCAGCCCCCUCACAUUAAAGAGGAAGAGGAGAAUCCACAGCCCCCCCACAUUAAAGAGGAAGAGGAGGAAGUGUGGAUGAGUCAGGAGGGAGAGUGUCCUGUAGGGCAGGAGGAGGCUGAUGUCAGCAAGUUUCCACUGACUGUUGUCUCUGUGAAGACUGAAGAGCAUGAAGACAAACCACCUGAGUCCUCACAGCUUCAUCACAGUCCAAAUGUCGAAGAACAUCUUUUUCGUGAGCAGGAAGAGGAACCACAGCCCCCCCACAUUAAAGAGGAAGUUGAGACGCCACAGACCCAUAAUGUUAAACUGACCCUUCACAUUAAAGGGCAAGCGGAGGACCCACUGAACUUACACAUCAAAAAUAAAGAGGAGGACCCACUGACCCCUCACAUUAAACAGGAAGAGGAGGACCCACUGAACCCUCACAUUAAAGAGGAAGAGGAAGACCAAGAUACGCCGCACAUUAAAGAGGAAGAGGAGGACCAAGAGCCGCCGCACAUUAAAGAGGAAGAGGAGGACCAAGAUACGCCGCAGAUUAAAGAGGAAGAGGAGGAAGAGGGCAUCAGUCAGCCUAAAUGGUUGGAGGAGUUCCCAGUGACUGGUGUCCCUGUGAAGAGUGAAGAUGAUGAGGUGAAAGGUGAAAGUGAGGAGAGGGGAGGGGGGGAGCCUCCAAGCAGCAGCUCAACACAACACAUGACAACAGAAGCUGAUGGAGACCACUGUGGAGGAUCACAAGCAGACAAGCUCUUAGCUCCACUAUCAGAUAGUGAGGACACAACGUCACACUCUCCUGACACUGAUGAUGAAGACUCUAAAGAUGAUAAGACAUGUCACACUGACAACACUCACUUCACAUCUUCUCACUCUCACAAAACCUUUAAAUACCAUUGUAGUCUGAAAGUACACAUGAAAACACACACUGGAGAAAAACGUUUUUCUUGUUCAAUCUGUAGUAAAGGUUUUACACAACGUCAGAAUUUGAAGGUACACAUGAGAACACACACCGGUGAAAAACCUUUUUCCUGUUCAAUCUGCGGGAAAGGUUUUAGAGAAAGUCAACAUUUGAAAAGACACAAGAAAACACACACUGGUGAAAACCCUUUUUCCCGUUCAACAUGUGGUAAAAGUUUUACACGAAGUCAGAGUUUUAAAGAACACAUGAGAACACACACUGGUGAAAAAACUUUUUCCUGUUCAACCUGCGGUAAAGGUUUUACACAAAGUCAGAGUUUGAAAGUACACAUGAGAGCACACACUGGUGAAAAACCUUUUUCCUGUUCAACCUGUGGUAAAGGUUUUACAAAAAGUCAGAGUUUGAAAAGACACAUGAAAAUACACACUGGUGAAAAACCUUUUUCCUGUUCAACCUGUGGUAAAGGUUUUACAAAAAGUCAGAGUUUGAAAAGACACAUGAAAAUACACACUGGUGAAAAACCUUUUUCCUGUUCAACCUGUGGUAAAAGUUUUACACGAAGUCAGAGUUUUAAAGAACACAUGAGAAUACACACUGGUGAAAAAACUUUUCCCUGUUCAAUCUGUGGUAAAGGUUUUGCAAGAAGUCAACAUUUGAAAGUACACAUGAGAACACACACUGGUGAAAAAGCUUUUUCUUGUUCAACCUGUGGUAAAAGUUUUACACAAAGUCAACAUUUGAAAGUACACAUGAGAACACACACUGGUGAAAAAGCUUUUUCCUGUUCAACCUGUGGUAAAGGUUUUACACAAAGUCAAAAUAUGAAAGUACACACUAGAACACACACUGGUGAAAAAUCACAUUCCUGUUCAAUCUGCAACAGAAGCUUUGGUGAACGAUCAACCCUUGUAAGACACAUGAGAACACACACUGGUGAAAAAACUUUUCCCUGUUCAAUCUGUGGUAAAGGUUUUGCAAGAAGUCAACAUUUGAAAAGACACAUGAGAACACACACUGGUGAAAAAGCUUUUUCUUGUUCAACCUGUGGUAAAGGUUUUACACAAAGUCAACAUUUGAAAGUACACAUGAGAACACACACUGGCGAAAAAGCUUUUUCUUGUUCAACCUGUGGUAAAGGUUUUACACAAAGUCAACAUUUGAAAGUACACAUGAGAACACACACUGGUGAAAAACCUUUUUCCUGUUCAAUCUGCAACAGAAGCUUUUGUGACCGAUCAACCCUUGUAAGACACAUGAGAAGACACUCUGGAGAAAAAGUGUUGAGUUGUGGUGUGUGUGGUGAAAGAUUGUCUUCUAAGUACCAGUGUAAGAAACACAAGUGUGCUGGUGAGAACAGCAGCAGCAAAUGAAACUGCAGGAUUUGAAAUAAACUGUCCAGACUUUCAUUUUGACUUUCUAACAACAUCAGCACAUAUAACAUGUGUGACAUUGUUGUUUGUCUAACACAAUCUUGUUAAUAUGAGUCUAACAUUUAUAGAUUAGAUAGUUGGAAAUAUAAAAGUAUUACUUAUUUGUAUUUGUAAUUGUUAAUAAUCCCAUAGAUUAUCACCUUUAUAUGAUAUACAUAUGUACUGGUUCACAUCUGAAACAUCUUCUGGACCACUUCAGGAAGCAUAUUAUUAUUUACUUUAUACAUCAUUUGAACAGUUGUCUUUUAUACAAUUUUAAAAUGUGUGACUUUAUGAAUCAUUUGUUGGGUCUCUAUAAUCCAUUUUAUUAUUCAUCUUUACUACUCUCUUUUGUAAUAUGAUGAUUGUGUUGUGAUUUUUUUAUACUUUAACUUAAUAUGUAUGUACUUGUACGUUUAUGCAAUAAAAAGUGAGAGAAAAUG